AUGGCUUGCGAAGUGAUUAGCCAUACUCUCCCGAAGAUAGUGGUGUUUGCCUCCUCCGAAAAUUUGGAGCGCUCGAGUUAUCCUUUGGACCACUGUUCGCCGCCAGGCCUCCCAGCGAUCCAGUAUGCCUAUGACCAUGAUCCGUUGGAACUACCGCUGUUUCUAAACAUCACUGCGGAUACCUACCCCUCGUUCGAUGAUCACCCAGCAACGACAACACCCGACGAGAACGACCACUACGACAGCGAAACCUCCGACGCAGAUUACGACACAACAAGCCACGAAACACAGCUAGACAAUAACAUAUUACCGGGGAACGAGUCUAUCGCUCUCGCCAGCGCUGAAUGUGACACAGAGGGUGGAUCGGCAGCUUCUCGUGAUGCAUGCUCCAAACGCGCUCCGUGGGGCACAUGGCCAGCCUUUCCCUCGCUGUUGUCCGCUAAUCCACUACGUCGCGGUAAUCCGGUCCAUCACGCUCGCCACGGAUACCCACACCGCGGACACUCGGGCAGCUCGCUCAGGCACCUCAAAUCGUUCUGGGACAGCCGCAGGGAGAACUGGUGGUCUCUGCAAGGACAGGGUGCGGCCUACGAUGGCAUCCUCCACGCCAGCCACCUCUAUUCUGACGAGCCGUCAUCCGAAGAUAUCGACCGGUCGAGCUCGGAACCUUCCCGCCCGCCUUUCACGCAGGAAGGUAUCUUCCCGAGGAUGGGGGACCUGCAUGCACUCAAGUAUCUGCACUGCGCGACCGUGGACUAUUGCUUCGCGGACUUCCCUGCCUGGACGAUCAGCAAGGCUCUCUUCACCUGGAACGUGCUUCUGGUUUCGUCACCUCGGUUCGCUCAGGACACGCCCCGCCUGGAGCCUGGUUGCCCCGUGAUACACCCCUCAAGUGAUUCUGUUUCUUCGGGGAACCCUGGAAUCGUAGCAAGUAUUUCCGGAGAGACCCGUUCUUGCGACGAAGGCCUCCGUGAGGAGCUGCUUAGGUCAUCAAGCAAAGGAUGGUACUAUCGCUGGCAGAUAAUCCUGCAGAUCCUCGGGGGCGUCGCCCCGCAGCAGGCCAACUGCGCUCUCUCGCAAAGCAUCUCGCUGGCAAUCUCCACCUCCCUAUCGAGCGACAGCGUCUACGGGGGCACCGAAUCGGUUACGCUGGACGAUGCGAUGGAUCUCCUGGACCAGGCGGCGGAGGAUCCACAACUACCGAAGACGCUCGAGUGUGCGUAUCGGGGCGAACGAGCUCUUACAGGAACCGUAUCAGCUCGCACCGUCAGUGCUCAGGGCGACGAUGAUUGGUGGGAGGAGGACUCGGAGGAGGACUACGGCGUGCUGCUAUCGCAGCCGUCAUUUGGUCCGGUAGUGGAAGAUUUCCUGAGGAGCUGGAACAUCCCGCCUUGA